GUUUUUGCUUGUCCUUGAGAUGUGGAGUAGCGGUCAGCUUCAGAUUAGCGCUACGGUGGGGUUGAGUAACUGCUAUCGUAUAUUACCGUGUCAUCAGAAUGGCGACGGCUUUUGAAACAGAAAUGGGUGUAUUACCCGAACUAUCUAAGGCGGUACAAGAAAUGGACUGGAUUUUACCCACAGAUAUACAAAGCGAAGCUGUCCCGUUGAUCCUCGGAGGAGGCGAUGUUUUAAUGGCUGCUGAAACAGGAAGUGGAAAAACAGGAGCAUUUUGUCUACCUGUACUUCAAAUUGUUUACGAAACUCUGAAGCUUUUACAAUCUAAUAAACAAAGCAAAACUAAUAUAUUACCAAAAAAUUUAAGUGGACAAAUGAAGCUGAAUGUUUAUGAUCGUACUGAGGCUAUGGCUAUAGAUAGUAACGGUCUGCUAUGUCAAAGUCGUGAUCCAGGUGGAUGGCAUGGAGCUAGAGCGAACCGUGGAGUAAAAAACUCAGGUCGUUAUUAUUAUGAGGCCCAUGUUACGGACGAGGGCCUUUGUCGGGUCGGUUGGUCAACGUUGAAUGCAUCACAUGACGUUGGGACGGACGCUGAAAGUUUUGGCUUCGGUGGAACUGGCAAAAUGUCUCAUCGUAGACAGUUUGAUUCAUAUGGUGAACCCUUUGGGAAAGGAGAUACUCUUGGAUGCUUUUUAGACCUUGACAAUGGUUCUGUCAGUUGGUCGAAAAAUGGUAAAAUAUUUGGGAAAGCUUACGACAUCCCAGCUGCUUUACGUUCCAAAGGAUUAUUUCCAUCAGUGUGUAUGAAAAAUGCAGAGUUAAAAUUUAAUUUUGGCGACAGCAAAUUCGAUUUCCCGCCUCCAAAUGGUUGGACAGCAGUCAGCUUGUGCUCAGAGGCAAACAGAGUUGAAACAACAUUCAAGGCUACAGUAUCUGCUGCAACCAGCAAGCCCAAACCAAAUGCCCCACUCGCUCUAAUUAUCGAGCCUUCCCGUGAAUUAGCAGAGCAGACUUUCGAACAAAUUAGAAAGUUUAAACGUUAUUUAAAAGAUCCAAGUCCACGUGAAUGCUUGUUAAUUGGUGGCGCUAAUACUAAACAACAAAUGGAUGAAUUGCAUGCUGGAGUUGAUAUUGUUGUUGCUACUCCUGGACGUCUGGAUGAUCUUAUCUCAACACAAUCCCUUCUCUUGAGUAGCUGUCGAUUUUUCGUCUUAGAUGAAUGUGAUGGUCUUUUAUCAGCUGGUUACGGUGAUAUGAUCACUCGAAUUCACAAUCAAAUACCUAAGGCUACAGCGGACGGAAACCGUUUACAGAUGAUUGUGUGCUCUGCCACUCUCCACUCUAUGGAUGUUAAACGAUUAGCUAAUAAGUUGAUGCACUUCCCGGUAUGGAUAGACUUAAAAGGUCAGGACAGUGUUCCAGAAACAGUACAUCACGUGGUAUGCCUUGUUGAUCCUAACACUGACCCAUUAUGGAAAGAAUUAAUGAAAACUAAUAAGCAUAUUCAAACUGAUGGUGUUCACAUGAAAGAUCAACUAAGUCCCAAUUUGAAUUCACCAGAAGUUUUUUCAGAAGCUGUAAAACUAUUGAAGGGUGAAUAUGUUAUUCGUGCCAUCAAGCAGCAAAAUAUGGACCGUGCCUUAAUCUUUUGUCGCACUAAACUAGACUGUGACAAUCUGGAACAGUAUUUCAUCUCCAUGGGUGGUGGCCCUAGCCGUCGUGACUCUCAAUUCAGUUGUGUCUGCCUCCACAGUGAUCGAAGUCCACCUGAACGCAAAGCAAACUUACAAAAAUUCAAGAAUGGGGAUGUUCGUUUCCUUAUAUGUACAGAUGUUGCUGCACGUGGUAUCGAUAUAGCUGGUCUGCCGUAUGUGAUAAAUGUUACAUUACCGGAUGAAAAACAAAACUAUGUUCAUAGGAUUGGUCGUGUAGGCCGAGCUGAAAGAAUGGGUUUGGCUAUUAGUCUAGUUUCAACUGUCAAAGAAAAGGUAUGGUAUCACUCUAACUGUUCUACACGUGGUCGUGGUUGUUACAAUACUCGUUUAUUAGAUCAAGGUGGAUGUUGUACAUGGUAUAAUGAACCUAAUUUGUUGAGUGAAAUUGAAGAACAUUUGGGUGUUACCAUUGAUACAGUAGACAAAAAUUUAAGUGUACCUGUUGAUGCUUUUGAUGGGAAAGUUGUGUACGGGCAAAAAUUGAAGCAGAUGGCUCCAAAGUAUAAAAGUCACGUAGAUCUCUUAGCGUCAUCAGUGAAAGAAUUGGAUGGUCUUGAAAAACGAUCACAACAAGACUUUCUGCGUUUACGGUUUGGUGGUGAACUAGCAUUAUGAUUGAGGUUUCAACCUACUGUUUUUUUUCUUUCUUCAUUUGUUGAACUGUUUGUAUUUCACACUGUGUGAUAGUAGGACUUAUAUGCUUUGUAAAUUCAUCUGUUUGAUAAAUCUUGUUGUAUUAGAUAAUAUAAAAUGGUGAAUAAUA